CUCAGUCUCCAGUAUGUGUCAUGCUUUGGGGGUGUGCGGGUCAGUGAUGGCGGCGUCAGUGCGGUUGAAGAUGCAAUGCGGCACCAUCAUACCCCUAUUUUUCCUUAUUUAUAUCGUGUGGUGUAUAAACAUUGUUAGUGCUAUGUUGUUCGAGCAUCACCAGUGCAGCCAUCAGCAUCCGAAAGUUCACGAGGUGAUCCAUGGAGUGCAUGUGGACCCUCCCCACGAGGUGAAGAAACGGAGCAUCAGUCAACCCCUGAGGAUUCGUCUGUGGUACGACAAUAGCGUCUUCAAGUUGGACGCAGAAAAGCUCGAGCUCAUCAACAAUACAAUUCUCCCCGAGGCGGUGCAUUUCUGGGAGCGAGCCCUCAUGGUCCGGGAGACUAAAAAUACAAUAAGGUUGAAUAGGAAAUGCGAGAGCAGUCAAGUAUUUGUCAAGGAGCAUCAUACAUUCUGCAUUGACACGUGUCGAUCCACCACGAUGUGCGGUGAAGUUGCAGUGCCUGACGAACAUCUCGACGUCUGCCGCACGUGCAACGCAGCUGGUCACAAGUGCGGUGUACAGAAGGGCAGUGUUGCUGGUGCGGGUAUUGAUGGGGCAGAUUUUGUGUUUUACGUAUCGGCUUUGCAGUCAGAAAGAUGUCACAACGGGCUAACGGUGGCUUAUGCCGCCCACUGCCAACAGGAAGCUGCACUCGAUAGACCAAUCGCAGGUCACGCAAACCUCUGUCCUGGUAGUAUCAGUACGAAGCCCCAGGAGUUGGAUACACUGCUGAGUACAGUGAAACACGAAAUUCUCCAUGCACUUGGAUUUUCCGUAAGCCUCUAUGCAUUUUAUCGGGAUGAGAAUGGAGAGCCACGGACACCCAGACGCAGUGAAACUGGAAAACCACCGUUGAAUGAAAAACUUCAAACGCAUCAAUGGAGCGAGAGUACAAUCAAAACUGUUGUAAGGCCACAGUGGCAGGUGCGCGGAGGUACUGUUGAAAGAUCGAUGCAAAUGAUGGUUACACCGCGAGUUAAGGAGGAAGCUCGUGCACACUUUGAGUGUCCUCAUUUAGAAGGAGCUGAACUCGAGGAUCAGGGUGAAGAUGGUACUGCACUAACACACUGGGAGAAGAGGGUUUUCGAAAAUGAAGCUAUGACGGGCACUCACACGCAAAAUCCAGUUUACUCACGAAUAACUCUGGCACUAAUGGAGGACACUGGAUGGUACAGUGCUAAUUAUUCAAUGGCACAGGAGCUCAGCUGGGGACGAAAAUUGGGCUGUGAAUUCGCUAUGAAAUCCUGCAAAGAGUGGAUGUCGUUGAAAACUGCCAGGCAUCCAACGGAAAAAACAAUGAAGAGCAAAUCGAUCUAUCCGUUCUGCAACAAAGUGAAACACGAUCCCCUGCACACUGUAUGUACGGACGAUAGAAGCUCGGUAGCACUGUGCAAUUUAGUCAAUCAUCCUCAGCCUCUGCCAAAAAAAUAUCAAAAUUUCGACCAAAUACCUCACGUGACACCGGGCAUGGAAGACUCGUACGGUGGAUCUGUUAAUUUGGCAGAUUACUGUCCCUUCAUUCAAGAAUUUGCAUGGAAGGCAGAUGAAAUUGUUGUCCGGGGUUCGCACUGUCUCUACGAUGAAAAUAAUCCACAUCCCGAGAAGAAUUUUGCCCUGGAGCAUUACGGACGACACUCAAAGUGUUUUGAACACACAAACGACAUGUGGGAGGAGAGGACAUGUAAGCAGGCGAGACAGUGGCAGCACUGGGGCUCCGGGUGUUAUCGAUAUAAGUGCGAAGGGGGACGACUGCAUAUACUCGUGGCGAAUCACACAUACACGUGUUAUCACGCCGGUCAGGAACUUGUGAUAAGGAUUAUUCAGAGUGGCUGGCUUCACAAAGGAGCUAUAAUAUGUCCCCCCUGCAGAGAUAUCUGUCAGGCGGAAUUCCAGGCCAAGGGGGAGUGGUGCAAGGGCGGUGAUGAACAUCCGCCGGCGACAUUUUAUCACAGAGAUGUUCUGGUCUGCGGAUCAAAUUAUCUAUCAAUUUCCUGUACAUUUAUAUUUAUCAUCAUCACUGCUACACUCAUCACCAGAUGAUCUGGUUAUGACAUUUAGUCGUCGUAAUUUUUUCAAGCCCAUUGUGUGACGUAACGGGUGUCAAUGGAUGAUUGACAGAGUGGAUUUUGUUUCUGCACUGGUGGCACCGCAACGCAAGGUAUUAUUUCAGUUGUAUUUUAGUUCGUCGGGAAUUUCAGGUGAUGGGAGAUCGAUGAAAACCAUUUUGUUGGAGAAUUGAGGUGGGUAUUUGAGGUCCAGAGGUCCUUAUCUUGGAAAUUAUAUGUAUAUUUAUUCGUGAGGAUGAAUUUGGGAGGAUUUUUAUUUAGGUGAUCUAUUAAUAUCUCGGUAGCAUUAUUGUUCAGUCGCAGUAGUCCUCGAGGUAAAUCAGUGGCUGACAAGUUAAUUGUACAUAAAUGAUAAUUAAUUUUUAUUGCUAUCAUUCGCAUUCCCCGUGAUUUUAUUAUUGAAAUCGUAGUAAUGCGAUUUAGGAUUAAUAUAAUGAUAUAAUUAUAUAUUAUUAUAUUAAUUGAUAUUUUAUUUCUUACAAUAAGACCGGAAAGAACUGCAAUCGGAGAGUUAUGCUUGUUUAAUUGAUUAAGAUGUAUGAACUUAAAGAGAAUAUACACAUAUAUUAGGAUUAACUAUAAUGUAAAUUAUUAUAAUGGAUGAUAGUGACGGAACGUCAUCUGAUGUCGAUCUUUAAAACAUCAGAGUACAAGUGAUUUUUAUUCUCAAAUCAAUAAUGUUGAAACACCCUAGUGAUAAUAACGAACAAAAAUUAUGUAAAUAGUCUAUUAAGAAGGAAUUUAAAAAAAUGAGAUGAUUCGUAUCCAGUAUUUAUCAUCAGACAUGAAAUAUUGAGCAAUGAAAUUUUAUUUCUCAUUUCAAUUGUCAAAUUAUCAUUAAACAUGUGAUUACUCAAUAUUCACCAUCAACUUUUGUAAAUAAUUAUCGAGAAAGACUGGAAAAUACUCUACAUUUGUUACUCAAUCAAACUGAACUUGUUUAAAAAUUUUAUUUAUCACUGUUUAAUGGACGAAUUUGAUUUUGCAAUAUUCAGUUUUUAAAUUUUAAUCACCAAUCGACAAUGAAAAAAAUGAUUAAAGAAUGCAUGAGCAUGAAAUGUAAAGUGAAAAAUAUUCACGCAAGAAGCGAAUACUUGUAAUUCGUGAAUAAGAAUAUCAUGACAAGUAAUAGAUUGUAAAGUGUGAAUUAUCUGUAAAAACGUCAAGAGUGAGUAUGAGCGACAGCCUGCACCAUUCGAAAAUAAUUUUUGACAUGCGCAAAAUCUACAUUCCAUUAAAGGAAGGCGUGUUGUGCCAUCUUCGUAGAAUUUUUUAAACUUUAAUAAACAUCAUUGAAAUAUGUAUCAUGUAUAAAUUUUGCGCAUUCACGUCAAAUGUUGAGACGUUUUUUACCAAACAAAGAAAUGUAAACAAUUUAAAUAAAUGAGGUAUAAGAGAAAAA